CGUCGCGGGCCAAUCCAGAGGGUAGAGGCCCGGGUCGAACCCCAAGGGAGCAGCGGGGUCCGGGAGUGGAGAGCCUGGCGCGGAGCGGGGUGGGGGCGCGCGGACGGCGCGCGCGCGGGAGGGCCCCGCCUCGGCCGGCUCCUUCCCUCCCUCCCCGCCCCCGGUCGGCCGCUGGGGAGCGCGCCUCGCCUCGCACCCCCACCCCCGACCCUCCACGCUCCGCGGGCCCCGCCGAGCUGCCGAGGCCGUGUGCCGGCCCGCCGAGCGGUUCCGGGUGUAGGGUUCACAGGUCAGAGUUGACUCCCUGAAAAGUGCAGCCGGUUUGAAAUGCAAGAUGGCGGCGGCGGGGCGCUGAGAGGCGCGGCGGCCCCUGCAGAAGGGAGACAAGGGAGGCCGACCGGGGGGACUCCUCCGAGCCGUGGGGCCUAACGGGAGCCCCGUCCUACUCGUGGCGGGGAUGGAGGGCUGGGAAGGAGGUGUGACGGCCCAGGGAGCGGGCUCUCCCGGCAGCGAGGAAGCGCCCUGGCGGAUGCCCUUUCCCUGUGGAUUUACACCAAAGUUCUAGGAUAUGGCAGAUAGGUACUUCAGACCUGUUGGUAAUGAUGGCCUGAGCUAAACACCUUAUUUGAAGGGACACCCUCCAUGUCAAAGAACAGAAUGCUGAAGAAGCUAUGGCAAGUGUUUGGAGUUGGGCUUCAAAAAUUUCAGCAGUUCAACAGUAUCUUAUCUGCCAAGAAUAAGCUCUUUACUUGAUUGCACCAUGAAAAAGCUGCUAAUGAAACUUGUUGAACACAAAAAUGGACUUGAAGAACCAAAAGCCAUUGUUUUCAAAUGAAGAAUACUGAACAGUUUUAAGCCUCAGUGCUUUUUAAUCACCGCUGAGAUCUUCCUCAUAACAUCAGAAUGGCAAGCAGGCGAAAAUCCACAACCCCCUGCAUGGUCCUUGCAAGUGAACAGGAUCCAGACCUCGAGUUGAUAUCAGACGUGGAUGAAGGUCCUCCUGUACUGACACCUGUAGAAAACACCAGAGCAGAGAGCGUCUCAAGUGAUGAAGUUCAUGAAUCUGUGGACUCUGACAAUCAGCAAAAUAAAAAAGUUGAAGGUGGCUAUGAAUGUAAAUAUUGUACUUUUCAAACCCCAGAUCUAAAUAUGUUUACUUUCCAUGUGGAUUCUGAACAUCCCAACGUCGUGCUAAAUUCAUCCUAUGUCUGUGUUGAAUGCAAUUUUCUUACCAAAAGGUAUGAUGCACUUUCUGAGCAUAAUCUGAAACAUCACCCAGGAGAAGAGAAUUUUAAGUUGACUAUGGUGAAACGAAAUAACCAGACAAUCUUUGAGCAGACAAUAAAUGAUCUGACUUUUGAUGGUAGCUUUGUUAAAGAGGAGAAUUCAGAGCAAGCUGAACCUGCAGAAGCUGCAUCUUCAGGAAUCUCUAUCAGUAAAACUCCGAUCAUGAAAAUGAUGAAAAAUAAAGUGGAGAACAAACGGAUUACAGUUCACCACAACUCAGCUGAGGAUGUUCCCGAAGACAAAGAGAAUGAAAUCAAACCAGACCGUGAAGAAACUGUGGAAAACCCAAGUUCUUCGGCUUCUGAAUCCAACACAAGUACUUCCAUUGUCAACAGAAUACAUCCGACUACUGCCAGCACGCUCGUGACCCCCGCAGCAGUUCUCCCUGGCUUAGCUCAGGUGAUAACCGCUGUAUCAGCUCAGCAGAAUUCCAGUUUGAUUCCCAAAGUCUUAAUCCCUGUUAAUAGCAUUCCCACCUACAAUGCUGCAUUGGAUAACAACCCCCUUUUGCUCAACACCUACAACAAAUUCCCUUACCCAACAAUGUCAGAAAUUACUGUUCUUUCUGCUCAAGCAAAAUACACAGAGGAACAGAUCAAGAUCUGGUUUUCAGCCCAACGCCUAAAACAUGGUGUCAGCUGGACUCCCGAGGAGGUAGAGGAGGCCAGAAGAAAACAGUUCAAUGGAACAGUACACACUGUACCUCAGACCAUAACUGUUAUUCCUACACACAUUUCCACAGGGAGUAAUGGUUUACCAUCCAUUUUACAGACAUGCCAAAUAGUUGGUCAGCCAGGGCUGGUCCUUACACAAGUAGCUGGAGCCAACACCUUGCCCGUAACAGCACCUAUAGCCUUGACCGUGGCAGGGGUUCCAAGUCAAACAAAUGUACAAAAAAGUCAGGCGCCUACUGCUCAGCCGAAUGCAGAGACAAAGCCAGCCACAGCAGCCAUUCCACCCUCUCCGCUCAUCAAACAUGAAACUGCAGCAGCAAACCCUGAUUCCUUUGGCAUUCGGGCCAAAAAGACUAAAGAGCAACUGGCCGAAUUAAAAGUCAGCUACCUUAAAAACCAGUUUCCCCACGAUUCAGAAAUCAUCAGACUUAUGAAAAUCACAGGCCUGACUAAAGGAGAGAUUAAAAAAUGGUUUAGUGACACUAGGUACAACCAGAGAAAUUCAAAGAGUAAUCAGUGCUUACAUCUCAACAACGACUCCUCCACCACUAUUCUUAUAGACUCCAGCGAUGAAACCACGGAGUCCCCCACUGUGGUUACUUCACAGCCGAAACAGUCCUGGAAUCCUUUUCCCGACUUCACUCCCCAGAAGUUUAAAGAGAAGACCACAGAACAGCUUCGUGCCCUUCAGGCGAGUUUUCUCAACAGCUCCGUACUCACCGAUGAAGAAUUAAAUAGGUUAAGAGCGCAAACCAAACUUACCAGAAGGGAAAUUGAUGCUUGGUUUACAGAGAAGAAGAAAUCAAAAGCUUUAAAGGAAGAGAAGGUAGAAAUAGAUGAAAAUAAUGCAGGUAGUUCCAAAGAAGAAGCUGGAGAAACUUCUCCCAGAGAUGACUCUGGUGCACCUAAGCCAGGGAGCACAGGCAAGAUCUGUAAAAAAACACCCGAGCAGUUACAUAUGCUGAAGAGUGCUUUUGUCCGAACACAGUGGCCGUCACCAGAAGAAUAUGACAAGUUGGCUGAAGAAAGUGGGCUUGCUAGAACAGACAUCGUCAGUUGGUUUGGCGACACUCGUUAUGCUUGGAAAAAUGGAAACCUAAAAUGGUACUACUAUUAUCAAAGCGCCAAUUCGAGUAGUAUGAAUGGUCUGUCCUCCCUUCGGAAAAGGGGGAGAGGGAGACCCAAAGGAAGGGGAAGAGGAAGACCACGUGGGCGGCCAAGAGGAAGCAAGAGAAUGAACAACUGGGACAGGGGGCCAUCACUCAUAAAAUUUAAAACUGGAACUGCAAUACUUAAGGAUUAUUACCUGAAGCACAAAUUUCUUAAUGAGCAAGACCUUGACGAACUUGUGAACAAAUCACAUAUGGGUUAUGAGCAGGUCAGAGAGUGGUUUGCAGAAAGACAGAGGAGAUCAGAGUUAGGGAUAGAAUUAUUUGAGGAAAAUGAGGAGGAAGAUGAAGUUAUUGAUGAUCAGGAAGAGGACGAAGAAGAGACAGAUGAUAGUGACACUUGGGAACCCCCACGACAUGUGAAGCGGAAGCUUUCUAAAUCAGAUGACUGAAAUCUGCCUAAAAUGUUGGAGGAGAAUCAAUUCUUCAACGCAAGAUGUCUGAUUUACUGUGAAUGGGCCCAAUCUUUGAUGACACUGAAAACAUUUUGGGGCAUACACAUUCUCAAAAAAUAGGAUCCAAUACCCAAAAGAAAUGGAACUUAAUGUUGUGCCAAAGUUAAACUACUGCAUUUGGCGGAAGUUCUGCAAUGUAAAUAGAACACUAAUUAAACAACUUGUAAAAAUUCGAAUUUUAAUAUAGUACAUUUUUAUUCUGAUACGAUGGAGAUGUUCUGAUUCUUAGACUUUCUGAGGGGGUUUAAUGACCACUAGAACUUGUCCUCAUAUUUUGUCCAGCUUAAUACUGUGUGUCUAGUGAGAUGGGCCUUACUGCCGGUGUUCUUUGAUAUGUGAUUAAGCUUAUAGCUUUGAGUGACCAAACAUUUUACAGAGCAAAAAUUGUUAGAAACAGGAAAAAGAAGAACCUGAUUUAUUUCUAUGUCUUAUUUAUCAGGCCCUGCACUAAGAUUUAAAUUUGUGCAUGGGCUUGUACAAUUUCAAUGUAAGUGACAAAAAAACAGCCUAUUGACACAUGUUGAAAUGUAAAAUUUUGUGAUAACAGUGGCCCUUAAUGAUUGGAUCUUUAAUUGAACACAUUCAUUGAUACCACUAUUACUCUGUAAUACUCUGUCCAUUUUUUUCACUAGAGGCCGAAUUUGCUUUGUAUUAAAUUAAAGAUAAUCAAUACUGAAGAAGGAAAUGAAAAUGGCAUAAGAAUUUGGAUAGGGUGAAACUCUGAAAUAAAUAUUUUACCAAAAAUGUGAAGAAGAACCAUAUAGUAAAUAUAUACUUAGUGUUUUCUUACAAUCAUAUAGAAAUCAGAAAUGUUUGUACAGUUACCAGAUCAGAAUUUUCGAGAAUUGUCUUUCAGGGAAAUUCUACUUUAUGUAGCAAUUUCAGUGAAGAGAGGAAAAAAAUUCUGAACUGAUCAUAAUGAGUUAAAGGUUAGCUUUUGACUUAUGAAUCAUGGGAGUGUUAACUGUUAACUCUUGCCAUAUCAGGAGACUGAAGGUUCAUACUAACUUAUAAACUUUGUAAAGACCGGUGCUGUUCAUUCAUGUUGAGAAGGACCCUUUUUUGUGACUAUAGGAUUGUUUUACAAAAUGUGCUUUCUUCAUAGAGAAAUGUUCAGUUUAAUUAACUCUGGAUUUUAAAAUGUUUUUCUGAAUGACCGGAUGUAGUGGGCUCGGCCAGUUUCUUUUGUCUAAUUUAAUGAAUAAUAUUAAGCUCUUGUUUUUACCUAAAUGUUUGUCAGCUAAUGAAAUGUUAUGAAAAAGCCUUGAAUAUGCAUGCUGCUUUCAUUUUUAUAAACUUUUUAUUUUUUAACUAUAGCUUUAUUAGUAAUUCCCAAAUGCUGCAAUUUAGCUGAUUUCUUCACUCAGACAGCUGGCUUUGUGGGUGGCUUUUUCAUACUACUGUUAACUUUUUUAAGAAGAAGCAAUGUAAAGACUGUAACAAUUUAAUGCACUAAACUGUUCUUUCUUUUACACAUUUAAAAACUUCUUAAAGCACUCUGUAUUAUAAUGAUUAAAUUGCUUCCUUUUUUAAACCAUU